CUUGUGCUCCUCCUCCUUCUGUUCCUGACCGGAAAAGAAGAGCCUUUUUAAGCAAGAAGAGAGUUUCACUUCAAGGGAAAUCAUGUGGGCUGAAAAGUUGGGGAAACAGUUGGGCAAGCCCACUCGAUCGCUGGGGGGAUGGCUCCUCAGCAAAAUGUUUAAAGCUCGCAACCAGGUUCUGGAGGACAGUGCUGUACAGAUGUUGGAGAUCCAGCCGGGGGAAACGGUGCUGGAGCUGGGUCAUGGUCCAGGUCUGGGUCUGCAGGCCGCAGCCAAGCUCCUCACCGGGCCUGCAGGCCACAUUAUAGGGGUGGAUUACUCUGAGUACAUGCAUCAGAUGGCAAAAGAACGAUUGAAGGGACUCAUCGCCAGUGGCAAAGUGACCUUACACCUUUGUGAUGUAGCUGCCAUGCCUCUGGCAGACAACACUGUGGAUAAAGUCUUCCACUGUAACUGCUACUAUUUCUGGCCUGACCUCAGAAAGGCUGCCUUGGAAAUACAUCGUGUAAUCAAACCAGGUGGCCGGGUGGUGACCACAAUGAGGCUUGCCCAUAUAACUGCUUUGGGAGCGAAGGGAGUGAUGCCAGGAGAGAACUGGCGUCCAGAGGCCUAUAUGGCAGCUCUGAGGGACUCUGGCUUCACUGACGUCAGGAUGGAAGACAAACAAGAUAAAAAUCUAACCUUUAAGGCUAUUUUUGCCACUGCCUUAUAAUGACAUUGCGUGUAUUCCAAGUUAAUUUCAUGAAAA